AAAUGGCCUAAUUUCUUGAAUAUUCAAUUGAUUUCUUAUGCGAAAUGAUAAAGUACGGAAAGCUUUUCUGAACGAUAAACCAAAUUGACUUCUCAAUGGUCGAUCGUCAGAAUAAAGAAUCUCCAAUCGCUUCUCAUAUGUUUUUUAAUUGAUUUGGAUGCAUGGAGCGUUUCUGAGUGUCACCGAGAGGACCCUAUCACAAGAGAAUUUAAAGAGCCUUCCAGGAAGAAAGAUCAUUGGCUACUUAAAGGAAGUUCAAUCCUUGGCGAUGGAGGGUCCUCAGAGGAGCGGAAAAAUCCACAAAAAUUCCCUCACAAACACCUCGGGGAUGGUUUCCUCAGGACGUAAACAGGGGAAGAAAAGACAAGGUGGAAGGACGCGAAAAUGUCUCUGCCUCCCAGUGAACUACAGAGCUGUUGAAUUUCCCGUCGUCUGGUCUGAAUUCCGGGCUAAUGAGCAGUUCUGCGACGGGAUUGUGAAGUGUUCAGGAACAGCUGUUUUUCCGAUUCACCGGGUGAUCCUGUCAGCGGUGAGUCCAUAUUUCACGGCCCUAUUUACCAAUAUCCUUCAGACUCCUGGCAACAGCGAGAAAUCUGAGGUGUCCUUGGACACUGCACCUGGGGAAAUAUUCAGCUUAAUUCUCGAUUACGCUUACACGGGCACUUGCAAUGUCACAGUCGAUAACGUCGAGCAGCUUCUCCCUCUAGCUGAUCACUUGGAAGUCCUGGGAGUUGUUCAGCUGUGCUGUCAGCUACUGCUGAAGGAGCUGAAACCAGAUAAUUGUUUAGGAAUCUACAAAUUCACGAGACAUUACUUCUGUCAUGAGCUCGAGAAGAAGAGUCGAACAUACAUACGCCAUCAUUUCACGGAAAUCCUGAAUGAAAGUUCAGAGUUAUCAGAACUGACGUGGGAAGAUCUCAGAUUAAUUCUCAUCGAUGACGACUUGAAUGUACGGAGUGAGGAGAUCGUGUUCGAAGCGUUGAAGAGGUGGAUUGAAGAGAAUGAGGAGGAGAGGAAGAAAUUCCUUCCAAAUUUAUUGGAGUGUGUACGUCUGGGGCUCAUGAGCAUUCAAUACAUCUCGACUCAAAUUGUCAAUUGGAAGCUUGUCCAGGAGAGUAAGGGCUGCCAAAAGCUCCUGCGAACAACAAACGCCCACCAGGCGGAGUGCCGCUCCCGUCCCAGGAUACCCUACGAAAUUCUCUUUGCAAUAGGUGGUUGGACCGGGGGUUACCCGACCAGCUUCGUCGAGACUUACGACGUCAGAGCAGACAGUUGGUUCGUGGUGAAUACGGACGUGGCGCCGAAGGCAUACCACGGCCUCUGCACCCUGGACAACUUGAUCUACAUGAUCGGUGGAUACGCUGGACACCAGUACUUCAACACAGUCUGCUGUUACGAUCCAAUUCUGAAGAAGUGGCACGAGCGUGCUUGCAUGUAUCACGCCCGUUGUUACGUAAGUGUCUGCACCCACGGUGGAAAAAUUUACGCCCUAGGAGGUUCAAAUGGCCGAGAGAGAAUGAACUCCACGGAGCGUUACACCCCGGAGCGAAAUCAGUGGGAAAUCAUACCUCCGAUGCAUACGAGACGCUCCGACGCCAGUGCAGCUGUUCUCAAGGAGAAAAUUUAUGUUGUCGGGGGUUUCGAUGGGUUCGAGAUAUUCCAAUCAGCCGAGGUAUUCGAUGUCGAGACCAAUCAGUGGACGUACAUCAAGUCCAUGAACAAUCCCAGAUCUGGUGUCUCGUUGAUUGCUCAUAGGAAUUGUAUCUACGCCAUUGGAGGAUACGAUGGGUCUGUUAGGCUCACCUCCGCCGAGCGGUACAACCCCAGUCAAGCGGAUGACUGGCAAGAAGUCGCCGAGAUGAUAAAUCCCAGGAGCAAUUUUGCAUCUGUUGUUCUGGAUGGUAUGAUUUUCGUCAUUGGAGGAUUCGAUGAUUAUACGACGAUUACAUACGUCGAGUGCUAUGAUGCUGAUGCUAAUGAAUGGUACGAUGUCGCUCCAAUGAAUCUCAAUAGAAGUGGUUUUAGUGCCUGUGUCUUAUCGGGACUCAGUAAUGCCAAGGAAUAUUCUUAUCUGAGUAAAAUGAAGAACUGUUGCGAUGCUCUAGGUCAGACGAAUAUCAAAACGUGUGAGAAACCGGAUCAGAGAGGCGGCGGCGAGACCAACAACAGAAGUUUAACUUGCAGUCGAGAACCUGAAGAUCAGCCUGACACUUCGAUUCAGAGUGAACACCCAGGCGAUGGACUCAGAUCACACUGAAGUAUCACAACAGUACACCAUUUUUUUUCAAUGUUCAUCUCUAUUCUUUUAUAAUUCUACGCAAGGCUACGAGGAAGUAGUUCUCCAAAUGUGAAGCUUUUUAUACGAAAAUUUACAUAAUUUCACUAGGUCUAUCAAUUCGAUCAUUUUCUUUUUGGGGAAAAAUUUUAGGAUAUGAUUUAAUUAGGCCGCGAGUACAACGUGAGAGAAUUUUUAACCUAUUGUUUUUUUAAAAGGAUUUGUUGAGAUAAUAUUUUCUAUCUGAGACAUGGAGUAUUUAAAAUUUUUGUGCGCGAGUCGUUUAC